GGAAGUAAACAAUACGAGCGCUAACUGUUAGCAUGUAUAUUUUGAAUUAGCUGGAAAACGACAGUCGCAGCACAGAUAGUGAUUUGUAUUGCGACUAAGCAACAAUGUCUUCAGCUGAGUAUCUGAGAGAGUUUGUUAAUGAGAGACUAACUGCUGCUGCUCAAGAAAUAUUCGGAGUUUUUCAUAAAACUAUCGUCGAGUAUGAAGAAGAGAUCGACCGUCAGAGGAGGCUGUUGAUGAACAUCGUUUGGGAGCCCCCAAAAAAGUCACACAGCAAGGAGCUCCCACAGCAACAUGUGUGUAAGGAGGAGGAGGUUCUCUCUGAGCAGCAGCUCUGUAUUGAGGAGAGGAACUCCAGGGUGGACCAAGAGGAGCCAGAGCCUCCACAGAUUAAAGAGGAAGAGGAGGAACUCUGCACCAGUCAGGAGGGAGAGCAGCUUGUACUGAAGCAGGAGACUGAUGCCUCCAUGUUGACUCCUGCUCAUGAGGAAAGAGACCACAGUGAAGAUCAAACUCUCAACUUCAAUUCCGACGACACUCUGAGUGCAGCAGAGGAGGAGUUUGAAAUUGACGUAUCAGUUACAAGCCCAGCUGUAUCAGAAGCAUACAGUGACCACCAGCUCCUCUCUCACCACUCUCCUGAAGCUGAGAGCCAAGAUCAGAGAGGAGACAAACAUGGAGACUCGGGAUCAACUAGAAAUGCAGAACCAAAGAAAAGACGUCACAAAAGCAGAAGUCAGGGCAACAAUGACAACAACUCUGACUUGACUGAGAUUAAAUCCUUUAAGUGUGAAAAAUGUGGCAGCGAGUUUAAGUAUAAAUCAGCCUUGUGGAAGCACCUGAGAAUACACCCAGAUGAGGAGCCAUAUUCUUGCAAAACAUGUGGAAAAGAGUUCACGUAUAACAGCAGCUUGUUGGCCCACAUGAGCACACACAGGGUUGAGAGGCCAUUCACAUGCAAAACAUGUGGGAGAGCUUUCAAACACAACGGUAUGUUGAAAGUCCACAUGAGAAGAGCCCACACAGGAGAGAAGCAGAACCUCUGCAAGUUCUGCGGUAAAAGAUUCUCCGCGAUGUCAGUGCUGAAAAGGCAUGAGAGAAUCCACACAGGGGAGAAACCGUAUAGUUGUAAAACAUGUGGGAAAGAUUUCAGACUUAAAAGUGAGUUGUUGGUCCACAUGAGAGUCCACACUGGUGAGAAACCGUAUACUUGCGAAACGUGCGGGAAAGACUUUGGAUAUAACAGUCACUUGUUGGCCCACAUGAGAACACACACAGGUGAGAGGCCGUUUACGUGCCAGACAUGUGGGGAAGAUUUCAGACGUAAUUAUGAAUUAACAGUCCACAUGAGAAGAGCCCACACUAAUGAGAAGCCGUACCUUUGCAACACCUGUGGGAAAAGCUUCUGUGACUUGUUUGUAUUGAAAAGGCAUGUGAGAAUCCACACAGGCGAUAAGCCAUAUACCUGUAAAACAUGUGGGAAAGAUUUCAGACGUAAUAGUGACUUGCUGGUCCACACGAGAAUCCACACGGGCGAGAAGCCGUUUACCUGUAAAACAUGCGGGAAAGAUUUCAGACGUAACUAUGAAUUGACAGUCCACAUGAGACGAGCCCACAGUGAUGAGGAGCCAUUCCUUUGUAAGACCUGCGGGGAAAGAUUUGACUCAGAGUCUGAAUUGGAAAGUCAUAUAAGUGUGCAUACAGACAAGUAGUAUCCCACUGGAAGUGAGGAGGAGCCACAUAAUUGCAGCACUUCUUAUCACAUACUUUAAAAAAUACCAGAGGUUCAAUAUACAGGGUUCCCACAGUCAUGGAAAACCUGGAAGAGUCAUAGAAAUUUCACUAAGUCUUUUUUCCAUGCCUGGAAAGGUCAUGGAAUUAGCAAAAUUCUUGAAAGUUUUGAAAAGUCAUGGAAUUUAUUGUUUGUAAUGAAAUUGUUACAAUAAUCUCUCAUGGAUAAUCUUCCACAUUAUUUAACGUAACGGCAAAUUUAUUGUGUUUAGCUGUUCAGGGUGGGAGUCACCAUGAUACCAUAUUAUCAUGUAGGGGUGGGCGAUGUGGCCCUAAAAUAAUAUCACAAUGUUUCAGGGUAUUUGUGCGAUAACAAUAUUCUUGACAGUAUGACAAAUUAGUAAAACAGUAUUUUAAUUAUUCAUUUAAGAACAUGGAAUUGCAACAAAAUAACUAAAGUAUGAAAGUGUGUGUGAACCCUGAUGCGCACAGGAGAAACCAUGGAGUUGAAACGUGUUCACCAAAUGAAUAAAACAUACUUUUGCAGUCACUACAUCUCCUUAGCUGAAUAUAUCAUGUUUUCAAUAAAGAUGAGAUGUUGAUAUCUUGCUGUAAAAUUUCCUUUCACAUGACUAUAUUGCUUUUUUCUGUUUGGUAAGUAUUUCUUUGAAACAACUGUAAUCUACCAAAUAAAGGAAAAUG